CGCGUUCGCCCCGGCGCGGCUGCUGAGGUUGCUAACGCCAUCUUGAGAGCGAAGAGCCGUAGGAACUCCCCUCCCCCAACCGCUCGGGACUGCGCUGCUGCGAGCCGGAGGCCAGGCUAGGCCGCGGAAGGCUGUUGCUGUCUCUGCCCGGAGAUGCUUCAUGCUGAAUGUAAAGUAAGGCCUUUGGAAUGUGAAGAUGAAAUGACAAUUGAACCGUGUUCUAAAAAAAUUAAAUCAACAGAAGAAGCUCAUGAUAAAUCCUGUGAUGAUGGUUUCCAGGGAUCUUUUAUGAAAACAGACACUGAGAGAAUAAACAAAGAGUGGAUACCUUUAUACAUCUCUGAUGACCAAGGAAAACAGGAAGUGCAGCAGAAAGAGAAUGAAAAUACAGAUGUUUUGGAAACAUCCAAUGAAGAAUUCCCUGGUAAUAGGCCAGGGAUUAUUGAGUCUACUCGUUCAACGAUCAUGCAGAGUGUAAAUCUUCCAAUAAAAGACACUGAGGUUACAGAAAAUAAAUGCCCAUUCAUUACUGAAAAAGUAGAUGAAGCUAAUAUUAAAGAAACUAGCAAUAAAUCGUUCACAGUAAAUGGAGGUGAAGUAGAGGCUGAAGAACAUAGUACAAGCAAAGUAUUUAUUGGGCCUGUUUACAGACCUGUGGAGGAGAACAAACAGGAUGAAACCAGGAAUUUUACUAAAUUUAGCACAGGCAAAGAGAAACAAAAUACUGUACUUGACAACAAAAUUGAAAAAGAGGAAGCAAAGAAAAUACAGACUCUCUCUUGUGAUGUAUCAGAAAUAGAUGAUGAAUUGUGCCAAUUUUAUAAAGAAAUUCAGCAGCUUGAAAGCGAUAAAGAUGAGUUAGAAGGUCACCUACAGGAAAAAGAAACUGAAUCAUCUCAGGAACGAUUUAUACCAUCUCAUGAGGAUGAACAAGAUACCUGUUACAGUAGAACACAAUCAUAUUAUGACCAUGAACAAUGUUUCUAUAAUGAACCAAGUGGCCAGAAGACAGGCAGUGAACCAAAAUGUUUUGACAGUGAAACAAAUGGCUGGAGAAGUGAGAAUCAUUUUAAUUGGCAAGUGGAUUCUAAAUUCUGGAACCAUUCAGUCCCUCAGUUUAGGCCUGGAUGGCAGCCAACACAAUCUUUCAUAAUACCUCAGGGUCCUCUUCCUCCUAGGUUCAACCAUCAUUUAGAUGUUCAAACUCUUAAUUCCACACCACAUCAACCAAAUACUCUCCAUUCUCAGAAUGAUGGACUUCCUCACAAGAAUUAUGCAGGUUACCAUGGAAAUAGUGGCAGUACUAAUAGGAGCUGUCCAUUGUUUGAUCAGAAUAAUAGUCAUGCUGGUCAUAGUGGUAUCCAUAGUAUGCAAGUCUCCAGAAAUGGAUAUAGCAACCAGGAUGGAUGCAUGAAUAAUGGUUUCUGUGAAACCAGGGAAGUGUGUUGGAAAGAUCCUAGAACUUACCAGAUAGAGGGAAUACACAAUUUUAACUUUCAGCAGUUUUCAGAAGACAGGUUAUGUAGGUCACAGAAAUUACUUCUAAUUUUAAGAGGUCUGCCUGGCUCAGGAAAAACAACACUGUCUCAUAUUCUACUCGGUCAAAAUCGUGAUGGCGUGGUGUUCAGCACCGAUGAUUAUUUUCGUCAGCAAGAUGGAUAUACAUAUAACGUUGCUCAGCUUGGUGAUGCUCAUGACUGGAACCAGAAGAGAGCAAAACAAGCAGUGGACCAGGGAAGAUCUCCAAUUAUAAUAGACAACACUAAUACUCAAGCCUGGGAAAUGAAGCCAUAUGUGGAAAUGGCUCUAGGGAAAGGCUACAGAGUGGAAUUCCAUGAGCCAGACACAUGGUGGAAGUUUGAUCCAGAGGAGUUAGAAAAGAGGAAUAAACAUGGGGUCCCUCGUGAGAAGAUUGCUCAGAUGUUGGAACGAUAUGAAUAUCAAAUGUCCAUCUCUGUUGUAAUGAAUUCAGUGGACCCUCCUCACAAAAACACACAAAGGCCACCUCCACAGCGAAGACAGAGGGUAACAGACAUUAAGAAGAAACCUGGGCACAGACUGAGCAAAGCUAAACAGAGGAAAAAGAGAAAAAGAAACAGAAAAAUGAAGCAUGAUCAUGUUAAAAUCACAGAGAAAAAAUCAGAUGGAGCCCCUUGUCAUCUAAUUCCUGAUGACCAGGAAACAUCAGACAGUGAAGAGGAAGAUUCAGAAGAAGAAAACAGAAAAUCAGUAUUUACAUUUAAUGGAGAUCCAGGAGACGAAGGUUGUGAAGAUCGUUCCAAUGGUGAUUGUAAUGAAAGCCCCAAAUCUACAAAGCAUCAAACAGGAAGUUUACCUAUUGCUGUGUCUGAGACUUCAGCAACAUUAGCUAGUCCAGUGAAAAGUGACUUGUUUACAGAAGAUGAUGGUCCAUUUCUAAUAAAUUUGACAUCUGCUCCUAAUAAAAACUUAAUUGAAUUUGAACACACACUUGAUGAUCAGGAGGUUGAUCAUAACCAAAAUAAAAACCUUAUGGUAAAUGAGAGCAAUUCCUUAGAUACAAAUGAUCACAGUUCUGUUCUAGACACAGAAUAUAACAGUAAAGAAAAUAGUUCUAUGAUGUUAAACAAUCAAGAUGAACUUACAUUAGAUCAAAUUGCAAGUGAACCUGACCUAAAAAAUAAAUUGUUAAAUGUAAGUAAUGGAAAAAAAGAAACCCUGUCUCUCCAGCAUGAUUUGAAAACAUCUGAAAUUUGUGUUGUCUUGCCUGAUAAAACCACGAAAGACAGACAGACAUCAAAAAGGAAUGAGAGAAAUCCUUGGGCUUUUUUUUCAAUUGAUUUAACUGAUAUACAAUUCCAGCUUGUCUCUGAUAGGUCGGGUUCUUGUUCUUGGCCUGAGGGUGCCCAUAAAUUCAUAUGUGAGCAAAGACCAAAAAGAGGGAGGCGGCCUAAACAGACCUAUCCUGACAGCACAGUAGAACAAACUCAUGAAUCUAAUGAAGAAUUAGAAAAAGAAACCAGUCUGCAAACAUUAACUGAAGAGGGUGGCAGUGUAACACAUGGUGGUCUGCAGUCAUCGCUGAUUGACAAAGUACAUAAUAUUUCAUUUAUAGAGUCAGGAGUCACUGUCACAAACUGCUUAGCUGAAGCCAAUGUUCCAAGCAAUGUAGGUACACCAGGUCCAUCAAAGAAAAAAGGAAGAUGCAAAAGGAUUUUCAACUUGGCACCAAACUUUCAUCUACCAAGGCAGAUUGCUGUUAGUACAAAGGAGGGACAGAAGGAUGUUCUUUUGAUGGAUGAUAACCUAUCAGAAAAUGUUUUGAAAACAGAACAAGAGAGAAUUUCAAAUAAGGACAAUGGAAAGAAGAGUGAACAAAACCUUGAAUUUCAAGAAUAUCUAACACCUUCUAAUAAUGAUGUGACAGAUUCUUCACUUAACCAUGGUGUGGGAUCUCUCUCACAUAGUAGUCAGUGGGGACAAUCUCUGUGUCUUUCAAAGAAAGCUGUUUUUUCUCCAGCUCAGAAGUUUCCCUCUAGUUUUUGUACAGUUUCUUCAACAAGUAAGGAACAAAUUACAACUUCUAAACAAGAAAAAAUACUUGAUAAAAAAGAGGGUGAGAGAGAACAGUUCUCUUCAGAGCUUACAAAUAGUCAACCAGAUAUUUUGUGUUCUGUUAAAGUAACAUCUGGCAGUCCUACAUACCCUAAUGUAUUUGAAAGCAGUGGUGAAGAUAUGCACAAAGCAGAUGAAAGUAAGCCAUCACAGUCCUCACAAAUUGAAGCUAAUCAAGAUACUUUAAAUACUAAAUCCAAUUUUUUGGGUCUUCCCUUAUCAUUGGAAUUUGCAUUUCAACUUGUAGACCUUUUUGGUUCUCCUGGAUUUCCACUGGAGUCUUUAUUGCCAGAUGAUUACAUAGUUCCUCUUGAUUGGAAAACAUCAAAGAAGAUCCAUUUACUAUGGAAGACAUCUGUGGAGGGGAAACAGAAAAAGAAUGGAUUAGAAAAUGGGAGUUCUUUGGCUGUUGGUGCCAACAUUGUGGAGGAUACAAAUAAAGAUUGCCAAAAGAGUCAAGAAUCUUAUGAAACACUUCCGGAAACAAACCUAUAUCAAGAUGUACUAGAAGAGAACUCUGUGACUUAUCCAGACAACAAGCACUUGUAUAAUGUAUCAACCAAUCUUGAAUGUCAUCUUAAACAGAAAAAGUCAACAUGAAGAUAAAGAAAUUUGUCAAUCUUGGCACCAUCAUGGAAGGACCUCAGUUUACAAUCAAGUGUUAUAAAUGUAAGGAAUAACCUGGAAGAAGUAUUCAGUGUAGAAUUUGGUACUGAACCAUGAUCCUCAAUAAUCCUUAGGCUUUAUAUCCACAUAGCCACCCAUUCUGGUUUUGAAAUAAAAAAAUUGUAAUAAUUUUUGAUUGUCAAAUGGCCACUUUCAGAAGUCACUUGAUAUCCAUGCUUCCUUUACUCAUCCUUCUAUGUCACAGAGAGACUGAAAAUAAAGGAGAUUGCUUUGGCCAAUGUUUAGUCAGAAGCAAAAAUAGCAAAAAGAUUUCCACAUUGAAGGAUUUCUGUGUUUACAAAUCAAAGGAAGGGGAGGGGGUCUGUUGUCUACAUAAACUGUGAGCUUCAGACUCCUGGAUCUUGUUCACUACUGGAAUGCAGAAAUAUUUGCUACAUGCAUAAAAAGACAAUGGCUUGAUGGUAACAAUAUGUUUGCAGAGUGAGGUAUCUGACUUCACUGCUGGUGUCCCUUUAUAAGUCCUGUGUUUGUGGCAAGUUAGAUGAUUUAUUCUUUCUACUUCUGCCUACUUCUGUUUUCUCCUAUUCCUGUUACUAAUUGUUUUCAUCCCUUGCCGCCUCGUGAUACUAAAUGGAGCAAGUCUUCAUCAGUCUCUUCUCACUAUUCCACAAAUACUUAACCUUUUCUUGUUAAUAUUUACUCUGUCUUGAACCCAUGCUUGCUGUCUCCCUUAGGCUACACUGAUAUAGACAUUUCUGACUAUAGAAAUAAGUAGAAGUCAUCUUUGGUUUUUCGUUAUUGGGGCUGAUCUAAAGCCCAUUGAAGUCAAUGGAAACAGACCCCUUAACUUCAAUUGGCUUUUGAUUUUGGGCCUCUACAAACUUUGAUAUUUAGUUAUUUAUAUUACCAUCAAUGAUGCUCCUUUUGCCUCUAUUGUCUAAAGAACCUCAUGGUGACUCAUGGAAAACUUUGAAAAGAACCUAAUUAAAAAUAAUUAUUUUCCUGAUAUAACACAUUUUUGUGUUUUACUUUCCUAGUUUUAAUUGCUGGGUUUUUCCUUCAGAAUUAAUUAGCUGUUGCUUAUUCCUCACCUGAAGCCAUAGUCUUGUUGGUAGCAUCUCUAUUUGUUGCUGUGGAAAUUAUCAUAAUAGCACUAACAGAAGAUUGAUUUCAUGUGGGGACUGAGCAACAAAAGCAGAUUAACAAUUCUCAUGUUUUUUAAAUAGAAUUUCAGUUUUCUUUGAGGCAUUAAUGGGUUUCAUAAGUUUGUCUGUUCUUUAGAGGGUAUAGGAACAGUGUUGCUCAGCAGUGCUUUAGGACUUCCAUGGGCAAGUAUCAAAUUGCUCUGCUGCCAGUGGUGGUGUGGUGCACAGCUCACAAUCAUGCCAUUCCUUAAACUGGCGCUCAGUUACUUGUGUCUCUGAGAGGCAGAGGUGGGGAGUGGAGCCUGUUUCAGAGGUGUUGCAGGAGGAGAGUAGUCAAGUAGCACUGAAUGACCAGCACUCAUAGAUAAAUGGUGUCAGAACAAGUGUGGGAGGAGUGAGGAGCCCAGAAGGGAAUGAAUGUGGUGUGGUGAACUAGAGAGGGAGGGGGAAAGCAAGAGGACAUAUGUAACAGGGAGGGGAGUGGAAAGAGAGGAUAAAGUAUGAAGAGGGAGUGGUUUUGGCUAUAAAAAGGAGUAAUAACACACAGGAGGAGAGGAGGAAAUUAAAAGCAGUAAAGGUGAAGACUAACAGUGGAAAAGGGAGUGGGGGAAGGUGAAAGGACAAAUUGAUAGUUUGUGGCAUAGUCAGAUGGCACUGCAAAAUAGUUACACAUAAAGAAAACAGAAGGGAAGAGAGAAAAUUCUACUUACCACUAGCACAACUUUUGUCAGUCACAGGAGUGGAUGAAAGCUUCUCUGUGAUGUGUGGGAAUGAAUAGAGAAGGACAAAAAUUACCUUGACACAUGGCAGGAGAAGUGGAAAAAAUAAAAGAACAAGGGGUGGAAGAGUGGUGAGGCUAUCACAUUAGAAAGCUUAGAUUGAAUAUGUUUGUCAAACAAACACACCAAUGAUCCGGAUUAGGUUACCACCGUCCUUCCCCCCGCUCCCCACACAUACACACAUGCUUCAGAUUAAAAAACAAUUUAAUACAGUUUCUCUGACUUGGGCAUCUCUCAUCUUCUGCCCUCCCCCACCUUUCCCCCUUGCCAGUAUUUUAUUAUGUAUCAGCUCCUGACCAGAACGCCUGCUAAAGGAUUGCUCCUUUGUGAUCUAAACUACCUGAAAUUUUCUCCCAGGCUCCAAUGUAAAACCAGUAAACAAAAUUGAAUAAGCAGCUCUAGCACAUCAGUAUUUCUAAAAUUAUUACUGCACCAUUGGCAAAACUGAUACUUUCAUUUUGCUUAAUAUUGUUUUCCCUUGGGAGAAAAUGUACUGUACUUCUGCCAACAUGAACACUAUAUAAAAUAAUAAGGGGGUUGGUAUUUCACAUGGGUUGCAACAUUUAUGCAUAAUUUUGCAUAAAAUACUAGUGACAUUAGAACAGGCCACAUUUAAUUUAAAGAAAGAUUCACCCAAACAUUUAAUAGAAAUGUGAUUUUUUGCCUAUUUAUGUUUAUUUGACAAAGAAUAGGAAACUGAGUACAUUUACUGUCCAUGAAAUCGAAUAUUGUUAACUGAGUACUGAACUUCCAGAACACUUGAAAUAAAAAAGAAAUGUCAAAAUC